AUGAACCAAGCCUUCUGGAAAACCUACAAAUCCAAAGUACUACAGACCCUGAGUGGGGAAUCUGAGGAGGACCUGGCAGAGGAGAGGGAGAGCCCAGCAUUAGUGGAGUCUGAGACAGCAGAACCCACCGAAGAGGCCUUCAACCCCAUGUCUCAGCUAGCCCGCAGGGUUCAGGGGGUCGGAGUGAAAGGCUGGCUGACAAUGUCGUCUCUGUUUAACAAGGAAGACGAAGACAAGCUGCUGCCGCCGGAGCCCUGUGCUGACCACCCCUUGGCCGCCCGGCCCCCCUCGCAGGUGGCAGCGGAGCCCGAGCCUCGAGGGCCGGGAUUCUGGGACGCGUUUGCCAGCAGGUGGCAGCAGCAACAGGCGGUGGCCGCAUCGGUGUUCCGCAGCGUGGAGACCAUCGUAGAGCCAGACCCGGAGCCGGGAGACGAGUCCACUGAGGCCGCCCGGAGCCCCGAGCCGCGGGAGGCCGACCCCGCAGCAGGGUUCAAGUGGGGUUUCCUCACCCACAAACUGGCCGAGAUGAGGGUGAAGGCCGCGCCCAAGGGCGAGUAG